AUGUCAUUGGGAGCGAUAAACGAUAUAUACCUGUCCCAUAGGGACGCUAUUGCUGCAAAGCUCAAAGGGCAUUCUGCCAAUCAAGCAAUUGACGGAAAGAGCCUUGACUUGGCCACGGUAAUCGCCAUUGCCAGAUAUGGAAUAUCGUCACAUUUGUCUGAUGGCAGCAUUGAGGCUGUCGCCAAGAGCGCCGAAAUGGUCCAAGCGAGUAUUGACAAAGGAGAGGUCGUAUAUGGUGUCAACACUGGUUUCGGUGGCAGCGCCAACACACGGACAAAUCAAGUCGAGCAACUUCAGUCAAACCUUUUACGCAUGCUUCAAUACGGCGUUAUCGCAGAAGAACGAGCAGUCACGGCUCCCGAGUCGCGGCAUGACACAGAUUUAAACGACAUCAUCAGCCAGUCAGCACUCCCUCUUGAUAACCCGCUGGCCUCAACCUCGAUGCCGGAAUCUUGGGUCCGAGCCGCCAUGUUGAUCAGGCUCAAUUCUCUCGCUUCUGGCUUCUCAGGCAUAAAAGAGACGACCAUUCGCACUUUGCACCAGAUGCUCGAAGAGGGCAUCACGCCGCUAGUGCCCGUCAAGGGAAGCAUAUCGGCAUCUGGGGAUCUCAGCCCUCUGUCCUACAUUGCCGGUGUGGUCGAGGGAAAGCCCGGCUUGAAUGUUUGGACACGCAAUACCAAGGGCGAGCGUUGCCUCAAGAGGGCCGACGUGGCACUUGCAGAGAAGGACAUCAAACCUGUCUCUCUGGGCGCCAAGGAAGGUCUUGCGCUCGUCAACGGCACUGCCGUCUCUUGCGCAGUCGCAUCGCUGGCGCUGCACGACGCCAUGGGACAAGCCACUCUUUCACAGAUUUUGACUGCCAUGAGUGUCGAGGCCCUGCUCGGCACUGAUGAGAGUUUUGACUCCUUCUUUGGAGAGGUGCGGCCCCAUCCCGGCCAGGUUGAAACGGCCCGGAAUAUCCACGCUUUUCUCUCAAAGUCGUCGCUUGUCCAGCACAGCGACACGGAGGAGGGAGAGCUACGCCAAGACCGGUACUCGGUUCGAACGGCAUCACAAUGGAUUGGGCCUGUCUUGGAGGAUUUGCACUUGGCUCACCAGCAAAUCGGCAUUGAGAUGAACUCGGUGACGGACAAUCCUCUUAUUGACCCGGCCCGGGACGGCAAGAUGCUGCACGGAGGGAAUUUUCAGGCUCGUGCCGUCACCAGUGCCAUGGAGAAGACGCGCCAGUCCCUUCAGACCAUCGGUCGCAUGCUCUUCUCCCAGUGCACAGAACUCAUUAACCCUGCCACCAAUCGUGGACUUGCACCAAAUCUCGUCGCCGAGGAACCGAGUGAAUCCUUUAUAUGGAAAGGUACCGAUAUCAUGAUCGCUGCCCUUCAGGCCGAACUUGGGUUUUUGGCAAAUCCGGUGGGCAGCCAUGUUCAGACGGCAGAAAUGAGCAACCAAUCCAUCAACUCUCUAGCCCUCAUCUCCGGCCGAUAUACCUUGGAGGCCGUCCAGACGCUUUCACAGCUAUCCGCCGCCCACCUCGUUGCCUGCUGUCAGGCCUUGGAUCUUCGCGCAAUGUCCUGCAAGUACUUGGAGACCAUGGCCCCGAUCUUCAAGGAUAUGACCAGCGAGGCCUUGUCGGGGUACCUGCUGACGCCCGAGACUGGCGACGUCUUCUUGCCCGCCACCUGGGCAGCCUUUCAAAAGGCGCUCGACACGUACACGCACUUUGACUCGCCAAGACGGUUUGCCAUGACGUUCGAAUCCCUGCAGCCACUCGUCCUCAAACACAUAAGGACCACGGCAGAAGCGGUGCGGGCUCUGCAGGCAUGGACAGAGAAAUGCUGUGCCGUCGCCCUUGAUCAUUUCAAGAUGAAUCGAGAGGCAUACUAUGCCAACCCAGAAGCCACUCCCUAUAUUGGAAGUGCAUCUAGCCGCAUGUACAAGUUUGUCCGCCACCAACUUGGGGUGCCAUUCAUGAGUAACAAAUUCAUCUCGACCCCAAGGGAGGAGGGAGGCGACUUUACUUGGGGCGAGCCUGACGGUGACUCCAACAGAGGUGUGACCAUGGGCGGAAUGAUUGCCAAAGUAUACGAGAGCAUGCGAACCGGCCAACUCUACCACCACGUCGCACUUUGUAUAUCCGACGUACAUGAAUACAGCAGUGCCGCCAACAAAGACGACGAGAUGCAAUUCUCCUACGCCUUGAACAAGGCUGGGGAAUUGACCGGCUGGGGCGGCAACAGCCCUGGAUCGCUCAGUGGUGACGAGAAGAAUGAUGCUACUCAAGCCCAAAAUAUCAGCUCAAGUGCCACCGUCGUGGACGAUACUUUGUAUCUAUUGGAGACGGAUGCAGGGACCAACCAGAAGCUCAAAGAGGACAUGGUCUACUUGACUUUACAUGUUGAAAGUACCCGACGGCAAGGACAGCUGUCACCACACUGGGGGUGA